AAUCAGCUUUUGUCUUAAUACCGUCCUAAGGGCUGCUCACAAUAUGGACAGUUUUACUCGGCAUUAAGGAGUAUCACCCAGGGAUGUAUUUUUGUAUUUAUUUUGUGCUGGGAUUGCUGUCUUUAAAAGGUUUGUCCUUUGCAGAUCCUAAUCUUCAGCAGAUCUUAGCCUUUGCUGGUGGGCAUGCCAUCCUGCCCUGCAGUUUAAAAACCCCUGCCAACGAUGAUGUGCCAACAGUGGAGUGGUCUAAGGAAGGGCUAAAGCCAAAUGUGGUCUUCUUGUACCGCAAUGGCUUUGAGACCUUUGAGAUGAAGAAUCCGGCCUUUGAGUUCCGGUCAAGCCUAUUUAUGAGAGAGGUGAAGAACGGGAAUGUCUCACUUAGGAUUUCCAACCUGAAGCCAUCAGAUACUGGGAUCUACAGAUGUUUGAUCAUCCAAAGAAACGGAACCAGAGAGGCUACAGAAGUCCGGCUGAUUGUUGCUGCAGUGUCUGACCCAAAGCUUUCAGUUAAAUCUGAUGAAAACCAGAGAGUGACGGUGGCCUGUGAGGCGCCCUGCUGGCUACCAGCCCCGCUGAUGGCGAUUGUGGAUGAAAAAGAGAACAACAUCACUGAUUCUGUGGAGAUACGAAGAGAAGAGACCACAGGAUGUUACACAGUGAGGCAAACAGCCACAGUACAGAGCCAUACAAACAGGGUCAUCUGCAGAGUGGAACAGAUUGAGACGAACCACAGCAGGACUUUAGACAUCUUCCUCUCAGCUCAGUGGAAGAUGUCUGACUUCAAGGUUGCCAUGUUCUUUCUCGAAGUUGUAGCUUCAGUUUCUCUUCUUGGAUUGUUUGUCUUCUGCAUCUGGUUCACUUGUUCGAAAUAUGGUAAGAGAAGGCAGGAAACAAAAGGGAUUGAAUCAAAUCCUGAAUUAACAGGUGUCACCUGCGAAAGCGUGCAGCUCCUGAUCACACCAAGUAUGAUAGAUGGGGCUGACAAUACAGAAAACAGGACAAUGGAGAACCUAGAAAAAGAGGUGGCUGAUCUCAGGUUUGAGAACUGUAAGAAAGAUGAGAUGAUCCUUAAACUGUGGGGGGAAAUCCAAGCCAUGUCUAGCAGGUUGGAUUACGUAACAAAACAAAGUUCUUCUAACUCCUCCAAAAAGAAUUAUCUAAAAGAAGAACACCAAAGCCACAGCAGCAACCCUGGUCCUGACCAUGCAAAGCACAGACAUUUCCGCUUUCACAGCAGCCCAACUCUGCUGUUUUGCUCUAACUCAGCUGGAGUCAAAAUAGAUGAAAAUGUUUUUUGCCCUGCAAUGGAUCCCAGGACCAACCCUUUUAAGAAAGGGUGCUUUUAUCCUCGUCGACACUCCUUAGGAUUUCUUCCAUCUUUCCGAUCCAAAAAAGGUUACAUUCCCCUGCCUCAUUUACCUGAGCAUUGCGGAGCUUCAGACGAUCAGCAUACUGUGGGAACACCUGAACCGGGUUGACCCGCUAAUUUACGUGACAUUGAGAGCGAUGUACAAACAACAACAAAGCCACGCGAAUCUCGUCUGAUCUAACAAGUCAUAACAACUCUGUUUACACUCGAUAAACAUGGCGCAGCACUUUGAGAGGGAUUCUGGUAGUUAAAUGAGCAAAACUAUAAAGCCGACUUACUAUAUCCUGGCUUCCUUACAUAUUGCUCUCUAUUAUUUUCCUUCUUGCUGUCACACUGGUGACAGCAGCAAUGCUACACCAGGGUAAUGGUCGGCAGACACACAGUGGCAGGGAGAAAAAAGGCCUUGCAACUGCCAGCAAAGGGCUUGACCCAGCUUUUUUGCCAAGGGGAAGGGAUCAAAAUUCAAAUUUAGGGGUCGACCAUGUUUGAAAAACAUGCAAUAACCCAGUAUUUUCAGUGGGAAAGAGGCUUAAGCAACACAAAACUUUACAUGGUAGGGGUAUGCCUGAAUGUUGAAUAAGUUCUGAGUCUGAGUGAAUAUUUUCCUCACUCAACUGAUCAGAUUUAGGCCUCUGGACUUAUAGUUUAACUUUUGCUUUUUUGACAACUGGUUGGGGUAAUAAAAUGCGGCACUUUUGAUUAUUCUAAUUUUUACAUCACUGUGAACCUAUUUUAUGUGCAGAUACUAUUGCAUUAUAAAGUGUGAAACAUGCUCAGUUUUUGUUUCUUCAUAAAUAUAAAACCCAUCCCCUUGGGGGGCAGUGGGCUGCCAUUGUGUACCAUCGAGACAUCAGGGGUUA